ACUAUAUGUUGGCUAAAAAGACGGUAUAUCUGCGUCGCUUAUAUCAACCACUAGCGCCAUACAAGGUUCAGUAUAAAGUUUGGAUUUAGGUAAUCCAUCAACUGAUGUCAUGACUGGGUGAUUCAACAACUUCAACUUCAAGGAGAGAGGUGGGUGCAGGUACAACUUCAAGUUUCAAGCGUUCUGUCAGACGCAACUGGGGCGCAAAUUGGAGGGUGCUGUUGAUUCGGCCGCAAGAAGGAAAGACAGCAUAUUGUUGGAGUGUUCACCGAAGCGAAGGCAGCCCUCAAGGCUGACAAAGAUGCUUCGAGCUGGCCUGCCCCUGGUGCGGCAGCUCCGCGGCUUGCCAGAGCCAACGCUGGCUGGCGCUGCCGCAGGAUUGAGGUCUUUCCAGACAGGAUCUUCUGAUCUGCAAGCAGCAAAGCCACCGGUUGCAAGCAGCGCCGAUCCUCGUGAGAAGGACUGGAGCUCAGUCAUUGAUUCGAAUGCCAACACCUUGUUUCUGUCGGAGAUGGCACGGGGGAUGAACCUGGCCCUCAAGUACUUCUUUGAUAAGAAGGUCACGAUUAACUAUCCUUUUGAGAAGGGUCCGCUGAGUCCCCGCUUCCGUGGAGAGCACGCCCUGCGUCGUUACCCCACUGGGGAGGAGCGGUGCAUCGCCUGCAAGCUGUGCGAGGCCGUGUGCCCAGCCCAGGCCAUCACAAUCGAGGCAGAGGAGCGGGAGGAUGGCAGCAGGAGAACGACACGGUACGACAUUGACAUGACCAAGUGCAUCUACUGCGGGUUCUGCCAGGAGGCCUGCCCAGUCGACGCGAUUGUAGAGGGUCCCAACUUCGAGUUUGCGACAGAGACGCACGAGGAGCUCCUGUACGACAAGGAGAAGCUUCUCGAGAACGGGGACAGGUGGGAGACUGAGAUUGCUGCCAACCUGAGGUCAGAGAGUUUGUACCGUUAAGGACCAGCUUUCGAUUCGGGUUUGUCAUUUUCAUGGCCCAUCUGGCUAAGGUAGGUAUAUAGGUGCCUCGCUCGAAGUCGCCCAACGUAUGUAUCCAGCGACAUGUCCAGAGAUUACAAAGCCCGCAAACAUUACCAGACUUUCACGAUGUCAGAUGGAUCUGCAAGGCUCAGGGGCUCAUUCCCUGUGGAGUUGGGUAUUCGGCAAGUCGAUGAUCAAGUCAUGUUUUUAACGCAACCUUCUUAACAUUGAUUGGGG